AUGGAAAGUAACUCCCAUAACACCCUUAACAGCUCUGACUUGCCUUCAUUCAUCCUGAAAGGGAUCCCAGGACUGGAGGCCUCCCAACACUGGAUAUUUUUGCUUCUUGGUACCCUCUAUUUUGUCUCCAUUGUGGGUAAUGCCCUUAUUCUUUUCAUUGUCAAGGAGGAACAGAGUUUGCAUCAGCCUAUGUACUAUUUCUUAUCUUUGUUGUCAGUGAAUGAUCUAGGGGUGUCCCUAUCAACACUACCCACAGUGCUGGUCACAUUUUGCUUCCACAUAAAGAAGAUAAAUUUUGAUUCAUGUAUGGCUCAGAUGUUCUUCAUUCAUUUUUUCUCCUUUUUGGAGUCAGGAAUCCUACUGGUUAUGAGCUUUGACCGUUAUGUGGCCAUUUGUAACCCAUUACGUUAUGCUACAGUGCUCAGUGAUGCCCGAAUAGUGUAUAUGGGCAUAUCUGUUAUCAUCCGCAGUUUCUGUGUGGUUUUCCCACUACCUUUUCUUCUGAAGAGGUUGCCAUUCUGCAAGACCAACAUACUUUCUCAUGCCUACUGUCUGCAUCCAGAUCUGAUCCGGCUACCCUGUGGGGACAUUACCAUCAACAAUAUUUUUGGUCUCUUCAUUGUAAUAUCUACCUUUGGUUUGGACUCUGCCCUCAUUCUCCUUUCUUAUGUUCUCAUACUGCGUUCUGUUCUUGCCAUUGCAUCGAGGGAGGAGCGAUUAAAAACACUCAACACAUGUGUGUCACAUAUGUGUGCUGUGCUCAUCUUUUAUGUACCCAUGGUUAGUGUGUCCAUGGUUGCUCGUUAUGGGCGGCAUGCCCCAGAGUAUGUGCAUACACUCAUGUCCCUAAUCUAUCUUUUUGUGCCUCCUAUGCUCAAUCCUGUCAUUUAUUCCAUCAAAACUAAAGAGAUUCGUCGAAGGCUUUUCAAAAUAAUAUUGGGAUCCAAGUUUUAA